UAGGCUGUCUGUAUGUGUUCUGAAAAUAGAACCGCUACGACAGGAUGGAAUGUAGAAGCUAAAUGGCCGUCAGAAUAGGACGAAAACCUCUCCUGGUGAUGUAAUUUAACACCUCCAACGGACGUAUGUACCCAAUGUUGAUGUUACUGUUAUCACACAAAUGACAAGAUGAAAUGUAGUGGACCCACGUCACCGUCACCAACUCUCCUUGUAAAUAGUGUGCUGCAUGUCCUUCUCCUCUACCAAUAUGGUGACACCAAGUGCGUGUAUAGAACUCGCCGACUCUUGAAGGAUGACUGUGUGAACUACUGUCCCCCAGACCAAUGUCCCGAGGAAUGUUCCUACUGUGACAGCGGCUUAUAUGGGUCUGACUGUACGAGGAGCUGCCGAGGACACUGUUUGAAUGGAAGGUGUGCCCUCCUGGCCAAUGGUAGAGCCGUCAACUGUACGGAGGGUUGUGUGGAGGGGUGGAGGGGGUUAACGUGUAGUACUAGAUGUAAGUAUCCUUGUCGGGAGUGUGAGAGAUACACUGGAGAUUGUGUAGGGCAAUGCAGGGACGGUUUCUACGGACCUGGAUGCUUACAGCGGUGUCCAUAUUCCUGUUCAAGCUGCGACAAAAACAGUGGAGUAUGUUUGCCUUACACUUCUGUUGAUGCAGACCUAUCGCUGACGAAACACAAAAUGACAUCAAGCCUGACACAUGGUAGUGACAUUAACAAGACUCACAGCAGUCACAAAGCAGAAUUACAUCAACACCCUGCAAUGACGUCAACACCCCAUGUUGACAGUUGGUCAAUCCCCUCACAGGUCUCCACUAGCGUUGCUGUAUUAUCUGCAGUAAUUACUUUUAUUGUCAUCAGUUUAACCAUCUUCAGGGUGAAAGUGACCAUGCCACAGAAAAAGAAAUGGGUUCUGUUAGGAAACUCCCCAGACACGGAGAGUCUAAUCGGCUCCCCAAAUUCAAAAGUGAUGGAUGGGUUGUAAUGCAUCCAUAAUUACUGAUGUAUAUCCUGUACCGUAAAAUUCAUCAUUAAUAAAGGAACCUGCUUGAAAA